GUCACGAUAGGCUGAAAAAGGAAAUCUAGGGAAAAAAUAGUGUGACUACUUUUGAAGCAUUCGUCUUCCAUUACGACACUUGUCGUUUUCCCGAUCCUCAUUUCGCAUUUCACGCAAUCAUUCCAUUGAACGAAAGGAAAACCCUUUCAAGAUUAUAACCAACCAUGCUUCCCCUCUCGCUUUUACAUACAGCUGCGGGUCAUCCCAUGCUUGUCGAACUAAAGAAUGGCGAAACGUUCAACGGUCAUUUGGUGAAUUGCGACAAUUGGAUGAAUUUAACGUUACGCGAAGUGAUUCAAACGUCGCCUGAUGGUGACAAGUUUUGGAGAUUACCAGAAUGCUAUAUCCGAGGAAACACGAUCAAAUAUCUCAAUGUACCAGAGGAAAUUGUCGACAUGGUAAAAGAAGAAGAAGGCCGACAGCGACAAAUGAAUGCACGCGGACGAGGACGAGGACGCGACGGCGGUCGUGGAGGUCGUGGAGGAAUGGGUGGAAGAGGACAACGUGGAGGACGCGGAGGACGAGCAUGAUCGUGAAUGCUUGGUCACUCUUUCUUCAACUAUGCUUUUUUUUUCUUUUUUCUUUGUUGCUGUCUUUUUUCGUCGAUAAUCUGUAAUAAAUGAGGAGCAAACUGGGCAUAUGACAAUAACAAGAAUAAUGGUAUCGACUUGUUUUCUAAAUUAUACGACAAGGAAAAACGAGCAAUCAACAUACUCGUCUUCGC